AUUUUCAGACCUUUCGUCCUCUUUUACUCUUGAAAAGUCGUAUAAAGAUGUGACUCAUCACAUAACUUAAAUGAACUUCACAAGAGAACUAAAUAAGAAAAAAGUUUACUCAAAAUGGAUCUUGCUUGGCCAAUUCUUGCUCUUGGAUAUCCUCUAUUUGUGACAAUUCGAGCUAUUGAGACUGGCUGUGUGUAUGACAAGAGGAAAGUUGUCAUAUAUUGGAUAAUCUUUUCUUUUGUUUAUCUGUUCGAGCAUGUUUUUGCAAAAUUUCUUGUGUGGGUACCUCUGUGGUCGUAUUUAAGAUUAAUUUUCAUCUGUUGGUUGGUGAUACCUCAGUUAAAUGGGGCGUUUUAUUUAUACCAAAAUUUUCUUCAUCCAUUGAAACUGUCCCUUGCUAUCACUCAGUUUUUUGCCACAUGUUCUAAAUGGUUUAAAAAACUAAAGGAAGAGUCCUUUCUGUCCGUGGCAAUGAGCCAUCUUGAAGAAAAGGGAUCUGAAUCUCAGGAAAAACUGAUUGCAAGCAAGCCCGAAUGCAACGAGGGUGGCCAGAUUUUGGGAGAGAUCCAAGUGAUGGAAUGCACAGCAAAAUGCAAUGCAGCUGCAUCAAACCAGGUUGGGACUAUAGAUGAAAAUCUACUUCAGACUGAAAACAAAACAAGAGCAGCUACACAGGUUAUUAGUAAACCAGCCAUUCCGGCAAUUGCAAAACUCCCAGAUACUUUUUCUCCUCAAACGGUGUUCCAGACAAGGUGGACAUGUGAAAUAUGUAAAGUGACCGUCUCCUCUGAGCUAACACUAAAAUCCCAUCUCCGUGGGAAAAAACACAGGGCUGAGGCUAAGCUAUGGUGUACUUUCUGUAACUUGAGAGUCUCCGGUGAGAUUGACAUGAUUGCACAUCUCAAGGGGAAGAGGCACCUGGCAAAACUUCUAGAGACAUUUGCUAAUGCUGGAGCUACUUAGACGACUAUGAGAGUUGCCUAUUGUCUUAGGUCAACUUAACCUGAUGGUAUGGCAUCAGUUCAAUGUAACCUGCUGCAAUAGCCAGGUUAUUUCAGUAUUUUCCAAGUCCCCAUAGCGAAACAAGUUUGCUAUGAGAGUAGCCUAUGGUCUUAGGUCAACUUAAACUUGAUGGUAUAAAAGAUUACCUAUUUCUGUUUUAAUUAUAUUAUCAACUUAUGUUUUAUUAUUGAGAAUA